GUUUCACUUAGCUCGACUGCUGACCAGUUAAUUCCAUUAAUACUUCCAUAUUCUUUGAAUCCCAAUGCUUCCAGAAAAUGUGAGCUAGCUAUUAUAGGUGAAUACAUCUUUGCAUUCCAUUACGUACGAUAUGCUGGGUCGAUCGCUUCCAAGCAUGCUUCCAAGCUUGCUCGUUUCCAACCGCCGAUCAUGCAGCGUUCCUGAUUGUCUGCUCAGCGUUUUGAUUGCAGAAGACAAAUACUCGUCUGCUCGUUCCGUUCGGUGUGUCAUGGCUUCAUUUCUUUUUCCGGAAAAUGUACAAAAGAGAGAUUAUUGGUCUACAAGCUGCCCACACCAAGCCAUGAGUGCAACGUUCACCAUAAUGACAACAGUAUUGUGGGCGAGCUCCACCACUGGAAAAGCUGGCGCCACUGUCGGCAUGAUGUGGCAUGAGGGAUCACGUGGAUACAGCGGCCACAUCGGCUGCUUCGCAAGUAUUAUGGCCUGCACACGCAUGUGCCAACAGCUUCCAGAGGACUUUAAGAAGUUUUCGGCCCACGGCUCUCGGGGCAGGGGACGUCGACCGACAGCUGUAUUGGUGGACUGCGCGAAGGCUUAGCAGGCCCAGGGCAUUACUUGAUCCCGAUCCCUCAGCCACCUCCCCCCUUCCUCUCCCCCAUUUCAAUAAAGCUUAUCACCACCACCA